CGGCCGCGGACUUUUUCUUUUUUUUUUUUUUUUUUUUUUAUUUCCUCCCCGCGGCGAUCAUGUCCACCCCGGCGCGGCGCAGGCUGAUGCGAGACUUCAAGAGAUUGCAAGAAGACCCUCCUGUGGGUGUCAGUGGUGCACCAUCUGAGAAUAAUAUAAUGCAAUGGAAUGCAGUUAUAUUUGGGCCAGAAGGGACACCUUUUGAAGAUGGUACUUUUAAACUAGUAAUAGAAUUUUCCGAAGAAUAUCCAAAUAAGCCUCCAACUGUUAGGUUUUUAUCAAAAAUGUUCCAUCCAAAUGUUUAUGCGGAUGGUAGCAUAUGUUUAGAUAUUCUUCAGAAUCGCUGGAGUCCAACAUACGAUGUUUCAUCUAUUUUAACUUCAAUUCAGUCUCUGCUUGAUGAACCUAAUCCAAACAGUCCAGCAAACAGUCAGGCGGCACAACUCUAUCAGGAGAACAAACGCGAAUAUGAGAAAAGAGUUUCAGCUAUUGUCGAACAAAGUUGGAAUGAUUCGUAACAGCUGCUUUGUUACUCUCCAUCCUCAUAAUCAUUAUGUACAAUUUAACUCUCAAUAGAAAGGCUACCAGAAGUUUCAAGUGCCACAGUUCUAAGAAUUUGCAUAAAAACUCAUUUGCAAAUGGAAUUAAGCCCUCCAGUUUAGGAAACUUAAAAGCUUGUGUAUCUUGAUUAACGUACUUUUUAUUGCAUGGUAUGAACUAAGUUAUUGCUACAUAAAUUUGUAAUAUAUCCUGUUUGUAUUUUUUUUCCAAGUGUAUAAUGUUGGUGUGGAGUUUUCAUGGCAGAAUAUACACAUUUUGUAAAUCUGUACUUUUUCAAAUAUUGAAUGCCUUAUUUUUGAAUUCUUUAGAUUUUUAAAUUGGAGAAGAAGCACUUAACAAAGUUUUUAUAUAUAAAUAUUUCAUGUAAAACUGUUAAAUACAUAACCUUAGUGCAAGACAUUCUGCUCUCACUCUGUAUCUCUUUCAAAGGGCUCAUUUUUAGUCCAUUUUUCCUUUUGGUACAUGCUGAUUAUACCAUGCACUUUACAAACAGAGAAGUUAAUCCAUGAUGUAACUGUCUUCACUGGACGUCUCUGCUUCUGCACCAGAGCUUAACUUGAUUCUGUGCCUCCUCAGUUGUAUGAGGAAGAGAAGUAUUGGCAGCUGCCAACUGACAAACGGGGAAACAGAUGUAACUAUUUUGCUGAAAGUCCCACUUUAAACCAGCGGCAGAGUUGCAAACAGGACCUGGAUGACCAGGCUUGAUGAUAAUGUGUUCUAAUAACUUUUAUUUUUCAGGGAGAUUGUAUUUUACCAAGUUGUAAAAUGUUGUCAUCUAAAUCUGUCCUAUAUUCACAUACUGAUACUGUAAUAUAGUUUUGAGUAUCUUCUAAUGAUUAAAGAGGUGUCCCAUUAGUUUCCCUUGGGGGUAGGGAAAAAAUUAAUCGCCAACAGAAGAAAACAUGCCUGCAGAUUUAAUGGAGCUACUCUUUAAAACUUGGCUGUGUACCACAUGGUCAGGUCUUGUGUCCAUGUCACAGAGGUUCCACAUACUCUUAGGUUGCCAGUUUUAAAGAAGUUUGGUUUUGUUCUUGUAAAUGUUGAUGUGGUAAUUUCUUACUGUAGUCUGUAAACCAGGCUGGAUGACUACAGUAAAGAAUUAGGCCUUUUUUUUUCCUCCCAGCAGCAAAACUGUAAUCCCUUUGUCAUAAUUCAAAUCAGCAUUACAUAUGUAUUAAAACCCCCAAAUCGCAUCUCAAAAUACAGCUCAGUGUUGCCUGAAAA